AUGAAGAAGGUUGUGCUGAAGCUGGACCUGCACGACGACAGGCAGAAGCAGAAGGCGCUCAAGGUCGUCUCCGGCCUCCAAGGUAUCGACCAGAUCGCCGUGGAUAUGAAGGACCAAAAGAUGACGGUCAUCGGCACCGUCGACCCCAUCGACCUCAUGGCCAAGCUGCGCCGAAAGCUCUUCCCCACGGCGCAGAUCGUCUCCGUCGGCCCCGCCAAGGAGGAGACGAAGGACGACAAGAAGGGCGGCGAUAAAAAGGACGCUGCUGGCGGAGGGGACAAGAAAGACGGCGGCGGGGAGAAGAAGGACGCCGCCGGCGCCGACAAGAAGCAGCAGGGCGUGCCGGUGUACCCGCACCACUGGUACCCGCCGCCGCCGCAGCCGCGCUACGCCGUCCACAGCGUCGAGGACGACCCCAACUCCUGCGUCAUCUGCUGA